GUCGCCCUUCUUGUUGUGUCCGGAGCUUCCGAAGCUACACCCAAAGCCAACGCUCUUCGUUACUAGUAACUGACACCAUUUCUGAUUUAAAGGCCCAGCAAUUUCGUUCUUCAAUUCACAUCUGGCUUCCACUGCUACAUCUCAUCCUUCUUCUAUUUUCGCUGUUCGGAGGGUUUUUCGAACUGUCAUGGCUUCCAUAGCCGGAUCAAACUGUGUUGCUUUCAAAGAACCCGUCGUUUUGCCCAAGUUUGGAGGCUUUUCUAACAGGAAAGUUGCUCAUCUUCAUGCGAGUCAGCUCCGUCCCCUUUCGAGAAUUCACUGCAGAUCCAACCGUUCAUUCGGAUCCUCUGUUAUAAGAGCUCAGGUUGCUACUCUUGAAGAAGCAGGAACUGGGACUGCCCAAAAUAUUGAAGCACCUGUUGUUGUAGUGACUGGAGCCUCCAGAGGAAUUGGUCGAGCAAUUGCAUUGUCUUUGGGUAAAGCUGGUUGCAAGGUCCUUGUUAAUUAUGCAAGAUCAUCCAAAGAAGCAGAGGAGGUGUCCAAGCAGAUUGAGGCACAUGGUGGACAAGCUCUUACAUUUGGGGGAGAUGUUUCUAAUGAGGCAGAUGUGGAAGCUAUGAUUAAAACUGCAGUUGAUGCUUGGGGAACUGUUGAUGUGUUGGUAAACAAUGCAGGAAUCACCAAGGAUGGUUUGUUAAUGAGAAUGAAGAAAUCUCAAUGGCAGGACGUUAUUGAUCUCAAUCUCACUGGUGUUUUUCUCUGCACCCAAGCAGCUGCUAAAAUCAUGAUGAAGAAAAAGAAGGGAAGGAUAAUCAACAUUGCAUCAGUUGUUGGUCUAGUUGGCAAUGUUGGACAAGCCAAUUAUAGUGCUGCGAAAGCAGGAGUGAUUGGUCUGACAAAAACCGUUGCAAGGGAGUAUGCUAGCAGAAACAUCAAUGUCAAUGCUGUUGCUCCAGGGUUUAUUGCAUCGGACAUGACUGCCAAACUAGGAGAGGACAUUGAGAAAAAAAUUUUGGAGUCAAUCCCCUUAGGAAGAUAUGGGCAACCAGAAGAAGUCGCUGGACUGGUGGAAUUCUUGGCUCUUAAUCCUGCUGCCAGUUACAUCACUGGACAGGUUUUGACUAUUGAUGGAGGAAUGGUGAUGUAAAUCAACAGUCUUUCUCUGGCAAACUGAAUUUCUGAGCUUUGGUGUUCAUCCUAAUGGGCUUGGCAGAUCAAAAAAGGCAGUUAAUUUUAUACUGAUUAUUGCAACCUAGGAAAACUUCGUCGUAUAUUCCUAGAGUUCUAGUUGUACUUUUGACUGAAGCCUAAAAAGGACGCCUUCAACUGGCACUGUCUUGGGCUUUAUUCGGCAUCUUGUUGCAUUUUGGUUUUCUUUUAAAUGGUAAUGUUAAGGUUGAAUAGGUGUAAUUAUUCUAAAUAUUUUAUGCAAUUUCAGCCAGCUUGCAAUUUUUGGCAGCAUUUGCUGUUGAA